AUGAGCGAGAUCAAUUACGUUCACAACAAUCUUUACGGAACCGACUCACCAUGGACUAGCGAGGACUACGAGAUUGCCAAGAUCAUGAACAGUUACUGGGUCAAUUUCAUCAAGACUGGCGAUCCGAAUGGAGAUGGCUUGAACCAGUGGACGCCUGCGAGCAAUGCCAGUGCGACAGUAAUGGAGCUUGGUGAUGGUUUCCAAGCCCUCCCUAUCGCCAAGGACGACCAGAUUGAGUUAUUUGCUCAAUGGUUCGAUACCUUGGUUACCUACUAG